GUGAAAAUCGAAAAAUAUUGACUUUAGUUAAUUUGUUUAGUAGUAAUAAUAAUAGUGACGAAUUUUACAAUGACAAGUUCAGAGGAAAUUGAAGUAAAGAAUCAAAUUGAACCUUCUAUAGAACAAUCUGGAGUCGGUGAAACUUUAGAUACAUCGAUAACAGAUGGAGAACCUAAAUUUGAAUGUAAGUGGAAAGGGUGUGAAUCAAAUACAUUUAAUUCUUUAUCUAAUUUAGUAGGACAUCUCAAUUCUACUCAUUUAAAUAAUGGAACUCCUUCUUUAAUACGACACACAUGUCUUUGGGAAGGAUGUCCUAGAUAUUCUAUGGAACAACCAUCAAGAUUUGCUCUUAUAUCACAUUGUCGAACUCAUACUGGAGAAAAGCCAUAUUUUUGUCCAGUACCUGAAUGUGAAAAACAUUUUACAAGAUCGGAUGCAUUAGCUAAACAUGUUAAGAGUGUUCAUGAUUUACAUUCAUUAAAAGAUUCUUUAAAAGAAUUCAAUGAAAAAAUUACGAAAAAUGAAAUACCUCAUUUCAUAUCUCCUUUAACUGAAUCAGAAUUUCUUAAAUUAAUUGAACUGGAUAUGGAUUUAAAAAAUCCAUGGUGGUUUUCUAAUAAUUUCUUAAAAGUAUUAAGAGGUGAUUCAUUAAAUGGUGAACCACCAAAUAAGAAAGUAAAGAUUGGUUCACUUUAUAAUGUUCCUUAUGAUUUUAAACAACAUAAAGUGGCUGUAUUAAGAUAUAAGAAAUAUUUAGGAGGUUCAGGUGAUGAAGUAGUGGAUAUUAAAGAUGAUAAUGAAAAUGAAUUAAAUUUAAUUCAAAAACAGCAAAAACAAGAAAAGUCAAAGGUCGAAUUUGAAAAUUCUAAUCUCCUUCAUGGAUCGAUUGCUUUAUUAUCUAAACAAUUGAAAGGUCAAAAGGAAUUAACGAUACCAAAAGACGUAGAAGAUGCCAAGAGUCUUGAAGAAUUGAAGUCCUUAUAUAACGACUUUGUCAAUAAAUUGCAUACAGCUAAUAAAAUUAACGAUAUUGUCAGUCGGAACUUAUCUACAGCUCUCAAAGAAAAAAGGAAGUUAUGGUUGAUUAAUCAACACUUAAUUGACUGUAACCUUGAACUAGGUUUACCACCAGAAAAGAGUAGUAUACCACAACGAGUUGUAAGAGAUAAGAUAGAUGAUGAAUUGUUAAGAGAAUUAUGAAUGUUACUUAGAAUGUGUACUUAUAAUCCAGCUAAAUAUUCUUACUUAGACAGCCAUAUAGUAAUUAGUAUCGAGUAAAAUAAACAUAAAGAAAAGU